CGGAACAGCUACUGUGCGGACGUCAUUUUAAGUAACUCCGCGAUUUAAUUAAAAACCUGUCGUAAAAAGUGAAGAUUGUGUGUAGUAGUGGUCAUAACUAAAGAACGUUUAGUUGCUACGUGAAGUGGUGUUAUUUUACAUCUGAAAAACUAUGUAUUUACCAUAAUAAGGACUUACAAAAAGUAAACUAAGCGGUUGUCGAUUUGUGUUUACAAACCGGUUAGCGCUGCAACCGCUGCCUUUAUUUUCUCGCUAGACGAUAGUGUUAUUGUUUACUGUCAGUGCAACGCCUCCAGCGCUUAAUAAUUAUGCACAAUUCUAGUAAUAUGGAUAUCGAUGGCGCCGAUAACUACGUGUGUGCAGGCUGUCAACUGGCUAUAACGGACAAUUUAUAUCUAAGUUGUAGCUCAUGCCAACGUAAAUAUGAUCUACUCUGCCUAAACAUGUCGAAGGAGUGCUUUCAGGCGUUGCAGGAGUGCACCAAGGAUAGCUGGACGUGCCCUGAGUGCCGAAGACUAGUGCCAAAAACUGACUAUGAUAACUCCCCAGCGCGAGCGUUGUAUGCAUCUCAUUUGAGCGACACUUGCGACACCAAUGUUACGCAUCGUAAAAAACCUACCAGGCCGACCUCUUUGAAGGUCGUUUUACCUACCCCGGAUGUUCACACAAUGGCACCUUCUACAAACGCCCCUUUGAAUAUAACACAGCAAAUUCAAGAAGGCUUUAAACUGACAAUGGAGACCUAUGUUAUGUCCGCGCUAAAUGAUUUUUCUAAUAAGUUUUUUAUUCGGCUUGACAAGCUCACCGCUACAAUGGAAUCAAUCUCCUCGCGUUUGACUUCGUUCGAUGAACGUAUCACGUCCUUGGAAACGCGCUUCAGUGAUAAUAUUGACACAAAUCAAAACAAUGAGUUAGUGGUUGAAGUGGAAAAACUUAAGUGUCAAAUAAAUGAGCGCGAUCAGGAGCUACUCAUCAAUGACCUUGAGAUCACAGGGGUUCCUGAGUCAACAAAUGAGAAUAAACUACACCUGAUAACACUUAUAGGUCAAAAGGUCGGAGUGACUGUAUCGGAGCAUGACGUGAUGAGUGUAACCCGGGUCGGUGUUCGCCGUGCGGUCCCAGCUCAGAAAAUACAAAGUGGAGCGAUCUCCCCAGACAAGUCCUGCAGCAGCCUGCGCGAGGCGACCCCACAUGUGAGGGGUGCGGAGGGACAAGGAGCGGCAGGAGCCUCCCCUGAAAGCGACAUUACUUCGAGCCAUAUUAUGACGUCACGGCCCUUGGUCGUGCGAUUCGUACGGCGUGAUCAGCGGGACCAGCUGCUCCGAGCAGCUCGCGUCCGGCGUGUCAUCGAUACAACGGGCCUCGGCUUCCCCGGUAAACCGAGUCGGGUCUACAUUAACGAGCGUCUCACAUCUACAAACCGGCAAUUGUUUUAUAAAACCCGAAUGGAAGCCCGGCGCCUGCAAUGGCGAAACCCCUGGACGACUCGUGGUAACAUCUUUGUUCGACGCGAUGCUGAACAUUCGGCAAUAAAAAUCAGGUCUGAAGCCGACAUAGGUAGGGUUUUUAGGAACGAAUAAGUUUGCACCUUUUUUAAUGCACUUCGUAUUGUUUUGUGUAAUUGUAAGGCUCAUGUGUAUUAAUUAUAAUUUAUUUUUUAGCCUUCUAUGCUCGAUGCUACUCAAUGUGUUCAUUAAAAAAAUCACUGUUUCUAAGUUACUAUUCAUUGUAACGAUGAUAAACAUAUGUCAACAAGAAUAUCAAAUGUUACCUAGACGAUUUGCAAAUCAAGUUUUUAAUGUGAUAUGUAUUUAUAUUGUUAUCUCUCAACUUGUUUUUUGUAUCAAUUUUCGACCUUAUGACUAUGAAUUGGUACACACUGGGCUUAAAAAAAUAUCUACGUAUAAACAAAAAUUAAUGUUCCUAUCCAUACCUACUUACCUACUCAUAUAUAGCGAAAUAAAUAUAUAUUUAUUCACACUGCAUGCUAUUUAUUAUUUUAUACUUUUGAAUAAUUACCAAAAUAAUAACUUUCGUAGG